UUUUGGCUUCUUCCCAAGAGUAACGUUCUACUUUUUACGAGUCUCUGCGAAUUUUACGGCUGUUUGCAAGGCUACCGGGUACAAUUGACCAACAAUGAAAAUGGCUAGUGUUGCUGGGUCAGCCGGAAUGUGUCUGCGUGUUUUGGAGGCCGUUUAACCCUUUUAUCACGCAAACACGAGCGAAAAAUUGCGAAUUCUCAUUUCCGUCUUAUCCGGAGUUUCACCAAAAGAUACGGGUUCUUCGUCGCAUUCGAGGCGAUUGAUCUUAGAGCUUUUCAAUUUAUGAUGACCGUCUAUAGAAAUAAUUGAUGCAUGGCUUUUUAUUGAUUUUAUCGGAACUGAGGCCAUAAGGUCGCAACACUUUUGCCGCAACAUCCGAACUUGUCAAUUCUUGUUGAAUUAUAGAAAUGGCUUGUGCGGAUAUCGAUUGAAUUUGCGAUAAAGCUAGGAGCCCGUAAGUUGAACGUUUUUCACGCCUGGGUUGUCAAUUUCGUUGUACACAGACGACUUUGAAAAAAAUCAGACACCACCUUUUUCCCUUUCAGUUUCCGCGUUGAUUACACGCUUGCACGCGCUUGUACUGCUAUGCACAGUAUGUUCAUUCUGCUAUUUAUAUCUUGCUCGUUCUUUGAUGAAAUAUAUUUAUAAAUGCAUGCACGGAGAAAAGAGAGACACAGGGAACUAUAAAAGGGCCACGUCUCUGACGGUCUUCGAACGUCAAAUUAAGAGGCCGCAAGUUAAAAAAGAAUUGCACUUUAAAAUCUUUCAUCGCUUUGCUGUUUUUAAGAGGCACGUGGCAACGCUUGAGGAACUUGAUAAAUUUAUUUCCUUGAAAAACGCCCAAUCCUUCCCCUUCCGAGUUUCAUUUGCUGGAGAAGUCAUGACGUUGCGUUCCACGAACACCAACACACAGUGAAAGAGAUUCGAGUGGCAGAUAUUUGUUCAGCAGGUUGCUACUCCCUCGAAACAUUCUUUUGUGGCGUGAAAUAUAUUCCAGGAAUAGAAAAAAUAGGAAACGAAUGCUUGCACGCAUAAAAAGGGGGCGUCUCAGACGACCAGUGAUUUCGUUCGUGACGUUGCGGCUUAAAUUUAGCACGCAUGCACGAGCAUUACUCUCUAUGGGACCUGAGGCAAUAUGAGAUUUCAGCCGACACCCGCUUACGGCUAGUGAACAUCCGCAUCGAUUGUAAUUUCUCCUCCUUAAUUUCAAGGAACGUCCCGUACAACGUCAGCAUAUAUAGUGGGUCAUAACUCGCGAAAAUUGUGUGCGGUUAUAACGGACCCCCCCGCAACUUCCCGAAGAUUUCACCGGAACUGCCGGAACUAUUAGCAGUGUGUGUAUGCCGAUAAUUCACGCGGUUGUGUAACGAAAAUAAAACGCAAAUCCGCGCUAGCCAAAAUGGCUUCGUGUUCGUCCCACGUACCGUAAAACUAACAGUGUGUUGUAGUUUCUCGUUGUUUUCCAGUGCCCAAUGUGUUGAUUUUAUGACCGACCUUUGAACAACGAAGGCUGCGCACUCUUCAAUCCGCCCCAUUCCGGAAUUCUAGACGCUGUUUAUUUGCAAUUUCAUGGAUCUGAGCGAGCGGCUAGUCAAAACGUGGCAAAACAACUGGACGGCGAAUAGAAAAGUCCAUCAUGUAGACAAUUAAAUGCAACAGUCAUUAACGUUAAGGGUCAAAAGCUUCUCUGGUGAAUAUGUAAGGUACAAUUGUAAACAUUUUUGUUGGCAGGAUCGGUACGCGCGCUUCAGAAAGAGCCAAUAUUUCCGUCACCGGAUUUAAAAGAAAACAUUCACGUUGCAUCACAGUUCUAAAAUUUAGGCUCAUUUCCAAGAUGAAUAUUACGACUAAAAAAUUAAAACAAAAUUCCUCUUCGUUCGGAUGUUAACGGGUCGGUCGUUUAAAAUGCGCUGGCGCGCUGACGGGCGACGAAAGCGCGGAGGGCGUUCCUUAUCCCACUUCCACGUCUGACUGCGGUUGUCGUAGUAUGGGCCACAAGCUCUUACGUUGUAUGACGUUAGAUAGAAAAGUGUUAUAUUCGUAGGAGGUCGUGAAUUUGUUCGCACGACGACAGACGUGCAGGUCUCUCUCGUUUCUUUUCAAGCGUGGCCACAGUGAACUCCGCGCGAAGAGCCGGAGCAAUGCAGCAAGUGUUACUCGUCAUUGUUGGUUUUAGGUUUGAAGCCAAGCAUCUGCCAUUUACCAAAGACCAAAUAAACCGUGACCGCUCUUAGCCAAAGUUGUGUUUAAUUUUAUUUUUUUUUCAAGAUUUUUUGCUGUCGUUGUUUUGCUGGAUUUUUUUUUUUUUUGUCUUCCCCGAUGUUCCCAUUGGAGGUUUUUGGAUAUCACGCACAGGGGCUUACUUCAUCAUCGUCAUCAGGCCGUCUCAAGACACACUGUUUUGUUUCGCUUGUCAAGUUGAUCGGAAACAACUGGCCGGUGUCACGUGACGCCCAGUUCUUCCACUGUGCCGUCAUGUUUCCUCGCGCGCAUCUUGCUCGGUAGUAUCGAGCAUCUCUGUUAUAUCUCACCGAUCAUUCCGCAUCGGUUGACGACACGGUGCGGAGUGGUAAGCUUUGAAAUCUCGCUCCUUGCGUCGGAGAUGAACUUUGAGCGGAGGCUCACUGCCGCUUACCGUGUAGUCCCGCAAGUGUUUUUUUUGUUUUUUUGUGAACCUUAAUAUCAUCGAGACAGACUCAUUUUCACGAUGGAUAUGAACGUUUACGAUACGGCGCUCUUCUCGUUCACGUUGGUAGAAGCAGCCGCCAUCGUGCUGGGCAAUGGAUUACUGGUGGUGACUUUUAUCCGGCACAGAACUUUGCUUAACGCCAUGAACUGUUACAUCUGCUCCAUGUGCUUUUCGGGACUCAUCACGGGUAUCAUCGUUCCACUCGGUUUCGGCAACUACGUCGGGCCUUACACAGUUUCGGGACUAAGUCUGCCCAAAUGCUACGUUCAGAGCGUGAAGACAUCCAUUUUCUUCGCAACGGCGUGUAAUAGUAUUUCCUGCAUGCUGGCCAUGGCUGUGGAAAGGUGGCGGACUCUGUUGUCGACAAAUUCCCGCCAACGAAGAGGUCCAGCCAAUUUGACCUGCAAGCUGGUCAUUCUGGCCGGUUGGGCCGUGUCGUUUACAUACGCGUGUGUUCUCAUAUCCAUCCAAGAAGUGGACGAUGUGCCCAUCCUGUACGAAGGUGCAGCCACCAAUUCGUGUUUUCACACCAAUCAGACGCAGUGCUCCAACUUUGAUUUUUGUUUCACCGUCGAUCCGGAGAAUUUGGCACUUGUCCGAAAGGUCAAUCUUGUCUCUUUAGUGGCCGUUUUCAUUAUACCUCUCUGCAUCAUCAGCGUCAUCUACACUGUGUUGGUAACGCGACUCUUACGCAACGCGAAGCAAAGCGAAAAAGCCAAUCGGGGCUCGUGCAGCAUUCAACGUGCGAAAUUGAGAGCCAUGCACGCCAUGAUUCUUGUGGUCGUGAUUUUCGCCUUGUGUUGGCUACCCAGCCACGUCUUCUUUGUUUGGGCACUGUCCACCAAUCCGCACAAAGUGGAGAAGGGCGCCGAGUUCCACACGGUUCCGUUACGUCUCCGACUCAUCUCCGAUUUCAUUUUCCGUCUGGUCGUCACGCACCAUUGGAUCCAAGUUUUCAUUUAUCCUCGGUACAGCCGCCAGCUGGCAAACGCCAUCAAGGAGACGACCAGUUUUCUUCUCUCCUGGUUCAUGGUGGACGCUUGUCGACGUCAUUGUGGCCAGGGUCAGCAGUCGACGUCGGUCAAAGCGACGAAGACGUCCAAUGCGCAUGCCACUUGCAUUUCUGCAUCUAUGGUCUGAAUGUUUAUACAAACAUGGAGCAGACAGACGACAGAGAGAUACACAAGCUUAUGGCUAUCAAUCUUACGAGUUUAUUAUCGCGUUUUUCUUCUGCCAUUGUUUUUGAAAACUGUGGGCUCCUAUGUUCGUUCCCGUUAUUGUGUAUAUACAUGCAGGAGGAGCUCGCACACACAAUGCAACAGCAUGCAGUCUGAUGUCUAUCGGCCGGGCCCAACGUAAACAAAUUACAUCCAGUCCCUUCCUCAAAAAACUCUUCUAUACAAGUAACACAAUCAUUGGCUAUAUAUAGUGGAAGCGAAAGUGGAAGACACGCAGCGGAAAGAGAAGAUGGAUUAUUUGGGAAAAGGGCACAGGCCACCCAAAGUUGGACGUGUAAACAUAAGUGUACAGAUUGUGUUAUAAUAUUCGCAGAAUGGCGGUUGCUACGUCCAUCGCCCACCCGUCUUUUAUCUUUAUCUUUUACGUUGGGGCGGGUAUACUCGUAAGUUUCGCUGAAUGUUCUUGAUUGUUUCUACACUCCACCUCACUAUCAGUUUCUGAAAUUGUUUUAUUCUCGUUUUCGUUCCUGUUGUUUGAUGUGUACCAAUAAACAUCGUGACAAAUAUAUCUAUGUACGCAAUCGC